UUACUUUCCACCGACUUUUUAUUGAAAGAAUAACGGGCUAGAAAACCCAGCGGUGGUCAAAUGUUGAUAAGAAGUGGGCCGUUGCAGCCCAAAAGAGAACUAAGAGCCGGGCCGGACAUGAUUGCUUAAGCCCAGUUUCAGGAUGAGCAACAGAAAGGAUUCAUCACGAAACCCACGCAGCCCAACGGAUGCAAUUGCGUUGCAUGGCUGACAUCUAUGAAGAAAGUUGUGUAACCCAUCAGAAAUUUGCCCAUCAUACAAGCUUUCUAGUGACACAAAAAGUGCCGAAAAAUGUCGCUGAGUAGUGGCGUAGCCAGACAUCGAGUCCAUUGGGGUCCUUAAAAUUUUACUAACAUAAAUGCUUGUGUACCUAAUGAAUUUUGAGUUAACCGGGGUCCUUGGUGAGCUAACAUUAUUGAGAGUAUGAGGUCCUAAAAUUGAAUUAUCGUACUAAAACCCAUGUAUUUAAAGAGUUUUGUUGUCCAAUUAUUUGCCAAGUGGGGUCCUAGGACCCCUCUCCUCCUUACCUCCCUCCGCCACUGUCGCUGAGAAUCAUAAUCGAAUCAAGAUUCAAUCAAAUUCGUCCAAACUAAUUUCAAACUUGAUCAGUCUUUUUAUCUGUUUGCAAGAUAAUUCGUAAAAUCGAGAAUACAACAAGAGUACUGAAUUUGAGAAUCAAAAUUUAAGCGUUUUACACUUCAACCUAAUCAUAAAUUGAAUGCGAGCAAGUUGAUACAAUACGAACUGAAUUGAAUGUUAUAUCAUUUUCCCUUCACAAAUCUCUUUUACCCGCCAGAAAAUCUGUUACUGCAUCAUUAAAAAAGAUGAAAACCAAGACGUAAGCUGUUCCCCACGCAUGUUCUUCUACAAUAUGACACAAACACUCUUAAAGACUAAACCUUUCUGACAUCAGGUUGGUUUUGCUUUAACGAACAAAUCAAGCAUUCUCAAUUCACCCAAAAGUACGGACCAAGCUCCCAAGUUCAGUUCAAGUUGGUUCCUUGCAAGUCAUCUCAAACCUCUCAUAACGUCACCGGCCUUUUCCCAUCCCUUUCCCUGCACUCAAAAACCUGGCCAAACUCUGCAUUAUAAACCCACCACUACAGACUGUCAAACCAAAUAACUUUGAGGCCAUCAGGUAUUAGAGAAAUGGAGAUCAAGGUAGAAGAGAAAGAGCCAACCUCCAUCUCGAGCUGCAACGACAGCAGCGACUCCGAUUCAGAGCACCAUCCUCUCCUCGAAACUCGAGAGCCCUGCGAGGAUGGCGCGGGAACCAAGACUCUGGUCCAGAGAGCCAUAACCCAGACGUUCCAGAGCACGGCUCAUCUAGCCAACCUUCUCCCGACGGGGACGGUGCUUGCUUUCCAGCUGCUCUCCCCCAUAUUCUCCAACCAAGGCAGCUGCGAUCCGGUCACCAGGUCCAUGACAGCGGGGCUCGUGGGGCUCUGCGGAUUGUCCUGCAUUCUGUCCAGCUUCACGGACAGCUUCAGGGACAAGGAUGGGAAGGUGUGCUAUGGAUUCGCCACGGUGAAAGGGUUGUGGGUUAUCGACGGAUCAUCGAGCCUCCCUCCUGAUGCUGCGGCGAAGUAUAAGCUCAAGUGUAUAGAUUUCGUGCACGGGGUGAUGUCGUUGCUCGUUUUUGCUGCGAUUGCUCUGUUUGAUGAGAAUGUUGUGGGUUGCUUUUACCCGGAGCCGUCGAAGGAGUGCCGGGAGGUGCUCACUGCGCUGCCCGUUGGGUUUGGGGUGGUCUGUAGUAUGUUGUUUGUUGUGUUUCCGACGGAGCGCCAUGGAAUUGGGUUCCCUCUAUCUGCCAACUGAGAAACUGUGGCAUGGCUGUAUAACCUGUGAAAAUGAUGAGAUAACUUCGUUUCGUUAAAACUCAUUCAUAUGUAUGUAUCAAUGAAUUACAGUUUGUUAAUUCACAACCAGAAAGAAAGCAAGUUUCGCACUCUAUCCAUUUCGAGUUAACUACAGUUUUUACGUAAGCAGAAAGUAAAAGUAGCAUGCUUUGAGAAACGAUUCCAUGCAAGUGAAGGGAUGACAACAAAAUUGACGUGUAACAGAGAACUAGUUUUUCUAACAAACUCGCCUAACUUUUACACUAGCCAGCAGUUGUGAUGUCACGGGUUUAUAAGAUGCACAAAAUGAUUUCAUACCUCGACAUGGGAAGUUACCAAAUGGCACAUUCAAAUUCAAUGAGCAUUGUGAACAAAACGAAGUAUCGGCCUUCCACAGUGACAUCAUCAUGAGUAGCAGCAAGGAUUGACGAAUCAAGCACCUUAGCAUUUUCUUUUCUCCACUGUCAAGAAUCAAUUAGUCUCAGUAAGCCAAGGUAUAGGAAGAAAAUACAAGAAUCAAUCUUUUAUCAGUCCUUCGCACAUUCACUUGAAAGAAAGUCAAAUACAUGGACCUAAAGUUUGGGCACUCUCAAUCAACGACUGCAAAAACAUGGUCGAGAAUGAAGUCAUCGUACACUAUUGACAAUCAUAUGUGGAGCUAACAGCAUGGAACUCCACCCAAACACCUCAGGAGUUUAUUAACAGAAGAACUCCCCACGUUUCCUCUUCAUCAGCAAGGUUGCUCUAAUACUAGCUUAAUCACUUCACAUGAACAACGUGAUGUAAUCGGAAUAGGCACCCAAAAACCGAAAAAACUUGUCAAACUAAUUCUUUUACAGCUAUAAAUCAUCUGUCAUACCAAAUUCAGGUAGUAACUAAUUUCCCCUAAUCAAAAUAUCUAUUUCCCACGAAGUAACCCUCAUCUCCACAUGCCUAAUGGCUUUUCCCUUAACAUAAGUUCCACUUCUGCAGCUCGUAUGCCUAUAAAGAGGUGUUACCAUGAUCCAGAGAGACCACCAAUCUAAAGUUUUCACUUCCGAGGAGUAUAGCCAAAGGAAAGAGCUCUCAAAGUAAAAAAAAAAUGACAACGAACUUUCCCUCUUUUGACAAUGAAUCUGCUCCAGACACGAUGCAGAAAACAUUAACUCACAAAGUCAUAAGCAAGGCAUGUCAGGCAACACACGACCUGGCGAGGCACUUACCAACAGGGACACUUCUCGCAUUCCAACUUCUGUCGCCCAUCGUCACAGGAGAAGGUAACUGUGACUCAAGUGGACUGUACUUGACCACCGUUCUUGUAGCGGUCUGUGGGUUGUCGUGUUUUCUCCUGUGCUUUACUGAUACCUUCAGGGACAAGAGUGGUAAGGUUUGUCAUGGGAUCGUCACUUUCAGGGGCAUUUGGGUCAUUGACACUCCAGCAAACAUCCCACCAGGAUUCGCAGAGAGGUACAGAAUGCAGUUGAUGGAUUUUGUGCAUGGCUUCCUUUCUGUGCUUGUGUUUAUGGUGGUUGUGCUAUUUGAUAAGAACACAGUGACGUGCUUCUGCCCAGCCCCCUCGGAUCAAAUCCAGAAGCUGCUCAUAGCAUUGCCAAUUUUAAUUAGUGGUAUCUGCAGUGCCUUGUUUGCAGUUUUUCCCACCAAACGACAUGGGAUUGGAUAUCCCCUCUCUGAUAUGUGAUAUAACAAUAAAUCUUCCACUUAGAAGUUAUCCAUCAAAUAUCUGUAGUAAUAUUCCUGUCUUACCUCUCGUUGGAGGAUAUAUCAAGCAUGGCAUGUCACCUGCAAGUUAAUCACUAUAUUAGCAAUAUAAAGUUGACUUUGUGUGGAUUUAUUGAUCAAGCAUGGUAAUAUAAUGCACAUAAUAUAGUUUCACAGGAAUAGUGGGGAAGGCACAUAUAUGCAUUACUUGACUAUGAACCAACCAACAAUUAGAAAAUGGCGAGCAGUAAUACAAUAACUGGUAAGGA